UUUUACACACAAACUACACCAUCAAAUACACAGAACAAUUUUCUCUUCUUACCUUCUUACAAACAAUUUAAUGGAAAAUGAUAUAAUUUCGAAGCAAAAUUUAGAAGAUUAAGCCCUGUGUGAUUAUUGAUCCAAAAAUUUUAUACUAUUUACCUGUAAAAAUCAUGUAAAACUCAGUAUAGUUGUUAAUAAAAAGUUCAUUCCAAGAAAAACGGGCUCAACACGUCACAACCCUCUUGCAUACGAAGAAAAACAGUGGCGCUAGCAAUCGGGUGUAGAGAGAAAUUAACGCAAUACACCAAACAGCAAAGAACAACGAGAAAAAGUAAAAGAAGUUACGACCUAAAUAGAAGAGAAACUCAUUGCAUAUUCCAAUCAUGGACGAUACCAGUAUACAGGACAAGGAACGAUAUGCCAGUCGUGAGAACCACUGUGAAAUCGAACGCAGAAGGCGUAAUAAGAUGACAGCCUAUAUCACAGAGCUUUCCGAUAUGGUGCCUACUUGCAGCGCACUGGCUAGAAAACCUGAUAAAUUAACCAUUUUGCGAAUGGCCGUAGCCCAUAUGAAGGCCUUGAGAGGCACCGGGAAUACCAGCAGUGAUGGUACCUACAAGCCCUCAUUUCUAACCGAUCAGGAAUUGAAACAUUUAAUUUUGGAAGCUGCAGAUGGAUUUCUUUUUGUGGUUUCCUGUGAUUCUGGUAGAGUUAUAUAUGUUUCGGAUUCCGUGACACCAGUAUUGAAUUAUACGCAGAGCGAUUGGUAUGGUACCAGUCUCUAUGAGCAUAUACAUCCAGAUGACCGUGAGAAGAUCAGAGAACAACUAUCCACCCAAGAAUCACAAAAUUCAGGGCGCAUAUUAGAUCUGAAAUCGGGUACUGUCAAAAAAGAGGGCCAUCAAUCAUCCAUGCGUUUAAGCAUGGGUGCUCGUCGUGGGUUUAUAUGUCGCAUGCGAGUGGGUAAUGUCAACCCAGAAACUAUGGUAGCUGGACACUUGAAUCGUUUAAAACAACGCAAUUCAUUGGGACCUUCCAGAGAUGGAACAAAUUUCGCGGUAGUACAUUGCACUGGGUAUAUAAAGAAUUGGCCACCAACAGAAAUGUUUCCCGGGGUGCAUAUGGAACGUCCUGACGAUGACAUGCAUGGAUCUCAUUGUUGUCUUGUUGCUAUUGGUCGCUUACAGGUUACGUCCACAGCCUCCACCGAUGUCACAAAUGCAAAUAAUCAAUCCGAAUUUAUAACACGCCAUGCCAUCGAUGGCAAGUUUACAUUCGUCGAUCAACGUGUCAUGAAUAUUUUGGGUUAUACGCCUCCAGAGUUGCUGGGCAAAAUCUGCUACGAUUUCUUCCAUCCUGAGGACCAAUCACACAUGAAAGAAAGUUUUGAGCAGGUGUUGAAACAGAAGGGCCAAAUGUUCUCCCUAAUGUACAGAGCAAGAGGCAAAUCGGGCGAAUAUGUUUGGCUCAGAACUCAAGCGUAUGCCUUUUUAAAUCCCUAUACGGAUGAGGUGGAGUAUAUCGUGUGUACCAAUAGCGCGAAUAAGACAUCAUUGCAUGCGGCCACAGGCCAUGACAACAAUAAUCCAGAGCCGCAAGAACAUGUCUACGUUACACCGGGGGUAGAUUACACAUUGCAAGCACGGCGAGAUGUAACGCCUUCUGGUGCAGCAGGAGAUCCCAAUAUGUAUGGAGCACCCCAUAAUAUGAUACCCACCAAUGCAGGACCACAUCAUUUGCCGCAGCAACCAUCGUCGCAGCCACCACAAAAUGUACAAAGACCAUCUUCAACACAGAAUCCUGUACCAUAUAGCUAUGAUGCAACUCACUCACCUCUGGCAUAUAACACCGCCACAGGCGGUCCUUCACCCAAUACAGGGCAUAUGGCUAAAAUUCCCAAAGCAAACACUUCGCCAACACCGCAGCAUCCCUCAAAUUGGCCAUUGAGACCGCCACCGCAGCAACAGCAGCCCGUGACAGAGGGCUACCAAUAUCCUCAAUCAAGUCCAGUUCGAUCGCCAAGUGGACCCACAUACACACAAUUAAGUGCCGGCAAUGCCCGACAAGCAGCUGCUUACCAAACGGGACCGGCACAAGCCCCUCCGCCAGGCAUGUGGGACUGGCAGGCAGCGCCCCACCCUGGAGCCCAUCCGCAUCAUGCACCCCACCCACAUGCCACUCAUCCCGUGCAUCACGUUCCCGGCCAGCAGCCACCGCAACAGGGGCAAGAAUUUUCCGAUAUGUUGCAAAUGUUGGAUCAAAGUGCUCCUGGCACAUUUGAGGAUCUAACCAUAAAUAUGUUUAAUUCACAAUUUGAAUAAGUUUGUCUAGUAUUACGAUGUAUGUUCGCAUAUAAGAGUAAACGCGUUUAGGCAGCAAAAUGAGAAAAAUAGUUUAUAAGUCUAAACUUUUCUAAUAUUAUUUCUAAUAUACAUACGACAAAACAAAACGAAAAAAAUACACAAAACUUAAUAUAAGAUUUAAAUAA